AAGGAAAGCAUCACGUCCUUAGGAAAGGGCGCAGUAGCGUCGUCGCGCAACCGCAGCGCCUUCGGAGACAUUAAGGCGCUCGAACCUGCCCUCAGUAAAAAUGGCUACCACUACGGCUUCACUGACUUCGAAUUGGCGCUCUGGAGGCUUCCGGUGACGGGCGCUGAGCGAGGCGGGAAACAGUUUUAAACUGAGGCGGUGUCUUGGGAGUCUAUUGCGGCUUCUCAACGGCGGGAUUUUCCAGCUGGCCUUGCUUGGCACCCGAGGGGCUCAGGUGCAAAGUGCGAGGCGGGACACACUGUUCCCCUCCUCGGGCAGAGGCCGACUCGGCAGGAGCGAGGGUGGCAGAGCUGGGCGUCUGGCUGUGCGGAAAUGUCACUCGGGGUGAAGUCGCGGGACUCUCCUGGCGUCUGAGGAAGCGGAGGUCUCCGUAGCGGGCACGUUUGUGUCCCUGGUGAACCCGCUUGUCGUGGAGCGCAAGAGAAUUUGGGAGCGACAAGUGUUCCUCCGGCCUCGCCGUUAGCUGCCAUUUGGGCGGCCUUCCCUCCACCCCGCUCCCCCAACUUCUGGGGACUUCAGCCUGGACGAAGUGUUGGGUCCAGUUUUGAAGAAUGAUUGGUGAAGCCGGCAUGGGUGACAGCGUCGUCACGGCACUUCAUUGACCAUGGAUUCCCACAGUACACGGCGAUCAACUCCCAGACGAAGGGCAUCCGCAAGGCUGAAGGAGUACGUCCUAGGUGCCACCCCUCUGCAGAAGCGGCUGGAGUCGGCCCGGAAGCAGACCUCACUCGCCGCGACCUCGCCUCCACGGAGGAUUCCCCAGAGGUCGCAGUUGCGGGAAGAUGUUGAUCCUCAAAAGGUUGCAUUCCUUCUGCAUAGGCAGUGGACUCUGUAUAGUUCGACGCCCCUGUAUAAGUUCUCCUACACUAGUCUCAAAGAGUACUCGAAACUCCUGAGUGCAUAUAUUGCUGCUGAAAAGCAGAAAGGACUUGCCGUGGAAGUGGGCGCAGACUUGAACCUCAGAGUGAGUUUCUCUACUCUCCAGGGAGUGAAAGGAACACACAGGGACCCCGACACAGUUCUCGUCCAGAUUCUGUCAAAAUCUCAAUUGCCGUCUGAGAGCAGAGAGGGCAAAGUGCUGUGGACCGGUUGGCUCUGCUGCGUGUUUGGAGACAGUCUCCUGGAGACCGUCCCAGAGGACUUCACCUGCCUGCCCUUAUUCCUGACCAGUGGCGCAGAGGCCAACACCGCCCUUGUCGGAACCUGGUUUCAGAAGACUUUCGACUGCUGUUUCAGUCCCUUAGCCAUCAAUGCGUUCAAUCUUUCCUGGAUGGCGGCUAUGUGGACGGCGUGCCAAGUGGACCGCUGCGUGGCCCCCACGGAAUUCCUUUGGUCCGUACCCUGUAGCCCUCAAAGUCUGGACAUUUCUUAUGCCAUACAUCCGGAAGAUGCCAAAGCUCUGUGGGACGGUGUCCACAAAGCAUCUGGGGAAGUCACCCAGGAGGAAGUCGACUUAUUCAUGGACUGCCUUUGUUCACAUUUCCAUAGGCAUUUCAAAAUUCAUUUAUCAGCCACAAGAUUGGUUCGUGUUUCAACAUCUGUAGCUUCAGCCCACACUGAUGGAAAAAUAAAGAUUCUGUGUCAUAAAUACCUUAUUGGAGUGUUGGCGUAUUUGACAGAACUGGCCAUUUUUCAAAUUGAAUGAGGCCUUGUGAGCACGAUACAUUAUAGAUUAUAUACCUUCUUCUCCUGGAUCGUUUGCCUAGCUGCUGUGCUGAGAGGGACCGCGGGGAGAGACGGCCCGUCUGCGUCUGUGUCCCCACAGCGCCUUUGCAGGUGCCCAGAAGGCUGCCAAGCAGGAUCCCGAAGAACAGGAGGUGGCGGGGGGUGAGCCCCAGCCAGCUGCUCCUGGGACGGCCACGGUGCUCGGGACGCCGGUCUGUGCAAAAGGCUGAGUGUGAUUUGUUGGUUAUCUUCCUAAGAAAUAGGGAAUGUUUAUUAUAUCAGCUUUUAGAAUUCAAACGAGAUACCGCUAAUAUUCAGUAUUUCUGAGUUGUGUCUGUAAAACUUUUAACCCCUUGUAAGCAUUUUAGACUUGUGUUCGGAGAGAAUUUCUGUCUUACAAAGACAUUCUCCUAGCACCAUUUUGCUGUGGAGAACUCGCAAUCAAAAACUAAACUAAAAGAUGAGUGUAGGUUUUUAAAACCACUAAUAUGCCUUUCUUUUUAAUAUUCUGUCCUUAUUGCAACGUUGCAUUAAAUAGUCACUUUUAAACGGAAGCAGUGUGUUUAUCAGUGUCUUGGUGGCAGAUCGUUAAUGGACGCCUCAGGAAUGGGGAGUCGGGGCUUUUUCUCUAGCACAGCGGUUUCAAACCACGAAUUACGCAGCCACAGUCAUACAAUUGGAAGGCACUGGUGAACCUCUUUGGAGGGCAGAGACUUUCCUAACUUUCAUGUCCAUAAUUUUGCUCUAAGCACAGUGCUUAGUAAAUAACUGGAGAAAAAUGAAUGAAUUUUAACCAACUCUUUCAUUUUAUAGAUGAAAAUAUACCAACUUUAGAGAUUUGCCCAAGAGGUUAUAUCUAAAUCUCUGCUUUUUAUCAAUCGUAGCUGAGCAUAGGAAGGUUUUAUGUUAGAAACCAAGUUUUUAAAAAUCUUGUUUAGAGGAGAGUAACUUUAAUAGGUUAUCAUUCUAAAAACAAAUACUAGCUUUGGGAGUGUGGUGUUAUUUCACAGAUAUUGGAAUCAGCAGAGGUAGGAGAAGCAGCAGGGGUUCGGAGUCAGACAUUCAUUGAACUGACAUUAAGCUUCUGCUCUGCACUUAGAGUUGUGUUGGGUAACAGGGCUGUAGCAGGGAAGGCAAAAGAGAUCCCUGUCCUGUGGGAAUGACUAAUGGAGGGAGCCAGAGGAGAACCGAUUUCCUGCGGAGACGAGGGCUGUGAAGGAAAUAAGGCUGUACGCUAGGACGGAGGGUGAUGGGCGGGCCUGGUCUAGGGACAAGUGUCCAAGAAGGGCCCUCUGAGGGAGUGACAGGUGAGCUGAGCCCUGGGUGAUGAGCGGGAACCACCAGGGGAAGAUCUGAGGACAGCCGUGUCUGGCUGGUGGCACCACCGGAGCGCAGGCCCUGGGGCAGGUGAGGGCUCAGCCUGUUGAAGGAGCAGAGGGAGUGUGUGCAGCGGAACG